AUGACGGGCUUGAGCACCACAAAUGUUGCCCAGAAGCAGCCCAAGCGCAGCCCACGAGCAGCCCAGAAGCAGCCCAAGAGCAGCCCAGGAGCAGCUCAAGCGCAGCCCAGGAGCCGCCCAAGCGUACCCCAAGCGCAGCCCACGAGCAGCCCACGAGCAGCCCACGAGCAGCCCAAGAGCAGCCCAGGCAUAGCCCAAGAGCAGCCCAUGAGCAGCCCAAGAGCCGCCCAAGCGUACCCCAAGAGCAGCCCAAGCAUAGCCCAGGAGCAGCCCAAGAGCCGCCCAAGCGUAUCCCAAGAGCAGCCCAAGCAUAGCCCAGGAGCAGCCCAAGCGUACCCCAAGAGCAGCCCACGAGCAGCCCAGAAGCAGCCCAAGCGCAGCCCACGAGCAGCCCAGAAGCAGCCCAAGAGCAGCCCAGGAGCCGCCCAAGCGUACCCCAAGCGCAGCCCACGAGCAGCCCACGAGCAGCCCACGAGCAGCCCAAGAGCAGCCCAGGCAUAG